GAAUUAACCAUGAUAGUUUCCAGGGGGAACUACGAGGAGGUCGACCUGGUUGGGUAUAUUGCUAGCAAUGGGAUUUUUAGUCUCCAUUACUAACAAUCCCUUUCCCCCCAGAAUGUUUACGUUAGGAUUAAUGUUGCAAAAGAAUAUAGACUUGUAUUAUAGAUACUUGGAUUCAAUAGUUAUUUAUCUAUGAUAUCAAGGGAAAUUUAUAACUGACAUAACAAUGAUGUAAAAGAAUGACUGAUUGACAUAAGACUGACAAUUUCUGAGAAAAAGUCGAGCCUGUUCCAAACGGAACAAACGUACUAAAAAAAAAAAAAAAAAGAAAAAGUCGAUAUGUUUACAAUGUUUGUUUUUAUUUAUUAUUCGAAUUUUGUAUUUUAAUUCGCUUUAAUUUAAUUAAAUAUAAAAAAUAAAUUUUAAAUUGUGUGAGACUGUUUUAUAAUGGAGGAAAUUAACUCAUCUAGUGAUAAAUAUAAUUUAUGUAGUAUGUGCUUAAGCGCGGAUCGUAAACUCUGCCGUGCCGGAAACAUUGCAUUUAUUGAUGAAAUUUCGAAAAUUAAACUUAUAAAGUGUUUGGAUAUCUGUGAAAUGGCAGUGUGUUGGGAGUGUGAAGCAAACAUGAAGAAUAUUAUUGCAUUCAGAAAUAAAGUAUUGAAGGCUCAGUCAGUCAUCAGGGAUCUGAUGAAGAACAGUGUAUGUUGCCAGCCUGUACAAAGCCUUUCUCGAUUAAAACCUACUAUAAUCGAUAAUGCAGAAAUAGUCAUGUUACAAUCCUCGAUUGAUGUGAAAGUCGAAAAUAUUUUUAUAGAAGAUCCUGAUGUAAGUGAAGCAUGUGAUAUACCUUUAGAGAAUAUUAAAGAAGAAGAUGAAGAAUAUGUAGGAAAUAAUGAAGAAAGUAAGGACAUUUCAAUAUGUGAUGAAAAUAUAGAUCAAAAUAUAUAUACAGUAGUAAGUUUGAGUGAAGAAGAAAUGAGAAAUGAAAGAGACAAGAGGAGAACCAGCAGCAGAUUCAAUAAAUGCACAGUGAAGUGUGUGAAAUGUGUUGAAAUAUUUUCUAAUACAAAGUGUCUGUAUUAUCAUAUGAGGAGACAUGAUAAGGACGCAGGUGAAUUCCUAUGCAGCAUCUGUGAACAGCGAUUUACACUUGAAUCUGAAAUGACGAAUCACCGCUUGACGCAUUAUAGGCAUUACAAAUGCCGGAUAUGUGAGCUGGAGUUCCACAAUGAAGACUUGAUUCUGCGUCAUCACCGCGACAACCACAGCGAAAAUGGUUACGCGUGUGAAGUAUGCAACACCGUAUACCAAACGAAGAGACUGUACCAGUUACACCGACGCAGCAAACACAAGGGUCGCAAGUCGUGCCCCACGUGCCAUAAGGAACUGGGACCCAACACUAAUCUCAAGAAGCACAUGCUUACUCACACGUCUGUGACAUACGAAUGUGAGGUUUGUAACAAGAAAUAUAGAAACGUUUGGAGCUUACGCACACAUAGACAGUCGCACAACGUGCAGAAGAACGAGGCGGCGUACUGCGCGGAGUGCGAUGUACAAUACAAGACAGUGUACAGUUACUGGACGCACGUACGGACCAGUCUCAAACAUGUCUCCCUCGAGGAUCUCAAGUAUAAAUGUAAAUACUGCAGCAAACGCUGCGCGUCCGCUUCGUCUCUCAAGUACCACAUGGAAUCGGUACACACGAAGGAAAUGAACUAUUCAUGCAAACAAUGCGACCAAGCAUUUAAUACCACGAAGAGAUUGCGCGUUCACGUUAGAUUCAAACACGAAGGGAAAUCAAAACCGAAGAACAAAAUUUGCUGUAUUUGUUCUAAAGCGUUCUCGACGAAAGUAGGUCUGCAACAGCAUAUGAACUCGCAUACUGGUGCCCGUCCGUACGUUUGUAAGGUCUGCGAAGCGUCAUUCUCUCAUUCUGGCGCAUUAUAUACCCACACCAAACUGUUACACAAGAGACAGAAGCGCCAAAAACCGGAUAAAACCAGUCAAAACUAAUAAUACAUCUUCUGUCGACAGAAUUUAAUUAUUCUGUGAAGUAUCAAUUCUUUUUAAAAACAAGUAUGAAGGCUAGGGUCCGCCGGCCUUGGGCGGCUCGUCAUGUGCCUGCUGGUGAGCGCGCAGUGCAGCGCGGUGUGCAAACUGGACGCUGCACCGGGUGCACGAGUACGGACGCUCGCCCGUAUGCGUGCGGAUAUGAUUCAAAUGCAGUACUAAAUUGUAAUUGGCAAUAGAUUGGAUCGAUAUAAAUUCAAGAGUUGUCCUGCUGUUUUUCUUUGUUAAAUUUAGACUUCAAUUGAGCUGAAAACGGUACUUUAGCUUCUACCAGUGACUUAUAAACAAGAAAGCAAAUAAAAUGAAAAAAUUAUAAGCACGGAAAUGAUAAAUAUAUAAUAAGUGAGAGGACAUGCAAAUCUCUUCAGUGACGAAUGGGAAGCUAUUUAAGCUGAGAGCGAUAGUACGAUACAUGAUCAAUUUUGCGCAGAUCCGCAAGUAAAUCGUAUGCAGAGGUUGAACAUGAACAUCUAUUCAAACACUGACGAAGUGCCGGAGCGUGGUCGACUAAUGAGCACGGAUCUUGCCAAUAUCGGCAUUCUCCCCGGCACCUGCGUCAUUACAUAGCUGUAGAUGCCAUCUAGCAUUUAAGAUCGUAGAUUGGCUAAAAUAACCACCCUUUCACAUAGUAUAGCCCAAUUGACAGGCUAAGUAUAAAAGAGUUCGAAUAAACUAACUAGGUUGAUGAGUUGAGAUUGUUCUAUCCAAGGCUCACAUUGCACCCCUGGGCAAGUUUUAGUCGACACCCCUAACAGCAAAAAAAGGGCUUUUACUGGUGUUUCUGACCAAAAUGAUAAUGUCGCCCUGCGAUAUUCUUCUGAUACUAUCUUCUGAUAGUAACGAUUGACAAAGAAAGAUCAUCGAGAAUCCGCGCCAAGUUGCCUUCUGGAAUACUCUGGGUUGGCUAGAAUACUACCUUUUAUACAGAAUAUUCUAACUGAGAGACAAAACGCGGAAAAGUAACUAACUAGUUUGAUGAGUUUAGAUUGUUACUACUACGGACCCGAAUUAGUAACGGUCCCGUCCGUUACUGGAACUGUUACCGCGUUGACCCGCAAAACAUGCGGCGGUGCAUAAGUGAAGAACUACCUCGUCUGGUAGUCACCGCCAGUACGAGUGUAGGGACUGCAAUGGUGGACUGUCCCCCAACGAGGCACCAGUUGGUAUUGUAGAGAACAUAGCAGAAGAACAGGAAGAGGGAGGAAUCGACUCCACACAAGGUACUGCGGGGGGGAGCAGUAGCGAGGGCGAAGAAUCUACAGUCGCGCCAAAUCGUAGGGCACGACGUAGUACGUCAACCGUAGCAACAGGAGAAAGUGGGUCCCCCUUUACAGGACUACACAUAUACCGGGACUUUAUGAACGCCGAAGACGAGGCUACGUCGAAAGAGGAGGGGCGGGCGAUAGUCACAAGGUUGACCACCGACCGGGAUGCCCUGGUCGCGGGGGUUGAGCCACGUAUGACACAAACGGGGUGUUAAAUAUUGAUAUCUAGAACGCACCUCAUACAUUGUUAAAGUUGAAGUUAUAGCAUGAAAGACUAGGCUUUAAUGUUAAAUACUUACAUAGUAUAUCAAAGGACGCAGGCAUUAAUUGAUUUUUUUUGUGAACCUUGUACGUAUGGUAAACAACACAGAUUGCCUUUUAAAACUCAAUCACAUUAUAAAGUAAAUGCACCAGAUGAUAUUGUCUAUAGUGAUGUUUGUGGACCUCUUUCAGAGCCGUCUGUAAAAGGCUCAAGAUAUUUUGUUUUAUUUAAAGAUGGUUAUUCAGGUUAUAAGGUUGUAUUUUUUAUUGUAAACAAGACUGAUAUUUUAAAUUGUUUUAAAGAAUAUUGUGCACAAAUAAAAACUAAGUAUGGUAGGGAUGUUGUUGAAAGUGAACCAUACAGCGCCAUCUAGUUUCUUUCGCUGUCAUUCCUUCCUUGGCUUCUAUGCGUUUUCUUGUGGCCGCGCUUUGUUUUCACUCAGUAUGUUUUUUGCUUAUUUUAAGUAAUUGAAAAGGUUUAUCGUUAUAUUAUUAUUACUUUUAUUCCAACAGGUUAUGGGCCAUCAGAUUAAAGUAAAAUAUCAGUGUAAACAAGUUUAGUUUUCCGAAUAGUUACCGCGUGUAAAAAAAAGCUAGGUUAGGUUGCCGGCCACAUUUUUUAUUUUUUUAGCUAAUCCAUCAGUUUCUGAAACAAUGUCUAUAAACACCGUGCCUUUUAAUAAACUGACCGGGAGAGAUAAUUAUAAUAGUUGGAAAUUUGCAACAAAAUCGUACUUGGAGCAUUAAGAAUUAUGGUCGUGCGUGGACGCCGCCAACAAGGAAACCAUUGACCCUUAGAAGGAUGUAAAGGCUAAAAGCAAGAUUAUUCUCCUUGUUGACCCAAGUAAUUACCACCAUAUGGAGCAGGCACAAAGUGCAUGAGAAGUGUGGAAAACCUGCAGUCUGCGUUUGAAGACUCCGGACUUAACAGGAAAGUAGCCUUAUUACGUAAGCUUCUUAAUACGAAUUUAGAUAGUUGUACCGAUGUUGAAGAUUAUGUAAAUAAAGUUUUAACAACUUCCCACAAACUGAGAAAUAUUGGUUUUAAAAUUGAUGAUGAAUGGUCAGGAACAUUAAUGUUAGCACAAUUGCCAGAUCAGUAUAAGCCAAUGAUAAUGGAUCUGGAAAGCCUUGGUGUCAAAAUUAGUGCAGAUUUUAUUAAAACAAAAUUGUUACAAAAGAUUAAAAACAAACCUGAUUCUACUGCAUUGUACACAAAGCAUAGGAAUUAUCCUCAAAAGAAAGUUACUAAUCAUAAUAUUCAGAAUAAAUCACGAGGUCCCCGUUGCUACAAUUGUAACAAAUAUGGACAUAACAGUAAGAACUGUUUUUCUAAUAAGAAACUAAAUACAAAUCUUAAUAAAAAUUAUGCUGCAGUUUUUUCAGCUUACACUACAAUGGAUGACAGUAACUGGUAUGUAGAUUCAGGUGCAUCCAUGCACAUGACGAGAAGAUCUGAUUGGUUGUAUGACAUUAAGACACCUCCAAUACAAAGUAUAAGCUAAUGACUCUUCAGUUAUAGUACAGAAGAUGGAAAAAAUCUGGAUCUCAAUCUCUACUGCAAUGACGAUUCUGGCAUCAAGCAUCAAACAAUAACACCAUACACACCUGAGCAGAACGGCUUAAGUGAGAGGAAAAAUAGAACGCUUGUAGAACGUGCCAAAUGUAUGCUGAAUGAUGCAAAUCUGGGAAAAAUCUAUUGGGCUGAAGCUGUGUCAACAGCGGCUUAUAUUAUAAAUAGAUCACCAUCUCGAGUGCUUAAUGACAUAACACCAGAAGAAGUAUGGUCAGGAAAAAAACUCAAUAUCAGUCACAUGAAAAUAUUUGGCUGCAAAGCCAUGGUUCAUGUACCGAAACAACAGAGACAAAAAUGGGACUGUAUUUUUCUGAAAUGAGGUUUGUUGGUUACUGUCAAAAUACAAAAGGCUAUAGAUUAUUAGAUAUUAAAAAAGGAGUAAUUAUAAAAAGUAGAGAUGUAAUAUUCAUAGAAAAGAAUCAAAUAAAUUUGAAUCAAGUACACACAGAAUCAAAUAAAAAAUCAAAAUAUUGAGACUGUUUCAUUCAUUCAGACAAAAUAAAUGAAAAGAAGAUUGAGAUAAUAAAGUUAGUGAUGAAACAUUUGCAGAAGCUCAAGAACAUCCUGUGACAUCACAUACAAUUUGAGGUCUAGAGGAACUUUAAAGUCACCUCCGUUACUAGAUGAGUAUGGUUUAAUGUGUGUGAACUACAGAUACCUAAUACAUAUGAAGAAGCUAUGAGGUGCCCUGAAAAGAAGCAGCAGAAAGAAAUGAAACAUGGGAACUGUUACCUUUACCAAAAGGUAAAAAGGCUAUAACUUCUAAAUGGGUCUUUAAGAUAAUGACAUCUCCUGACAAUGAAGUGCUUAGGUUCAAGGCCAGGCUUUGUGCAAAAGGGUGCUCCCAAAAAUAUGGGAUUGAUUAUACAAAAACUUUUGCACCAACUGUACGAUAUGACUCCAUUCGAGUACUUCUGGCAACAACAGUAUGUAGAGGUUACACAUUAAAACAAUUUGAUGUAACAACAGCCUUUUUGUAUGGUGAAUUGCAAGAGGAGGUAUGUUAUUCAUGAAACCAUCCAUUGGACUUGAAACUGAAGAUGAGUGAAUGCCCAGAUGGCCGCCCACAUAUGGCGUUACUUGGCCUUGGUUAACGGGAUACAGGUCCCACCUUGCACCCCUGGGUAAGUUUCUUGACACUCCUAACAGCAAAAAAAGAACUUUUACUGGUGUCUCUGACCAAAAUAUUAAUGGCGCCCUGCAAUAUUUACAUAUGAGGUUCUAUUCAUUUUGAUGGCGAGUGUUACUGCAUAAUCUAUAGUUGCUGUAAAGAUCGUGAAGUGUGAAGCAAAUUGCGACGACCUACUAAUCAGCAGCCACAUUCACGUCAUUCGUUAUAAUUGACUUGCAUUGUAUAUCGUCACCUCUUCGUUUUAUAUGUAUUCAAGUUAUUGUAAAUUUACAUAGUUCAGUAGCUCACAUAUUAAAAUCAUAACCAAAACAA